CCAGCCACAACCUAGUGGUUUUAGCUGGCUGCAGUCUUCUUUCUACCACCUUACUUCAGCACUAAUCUUCCUGUCUGAUUCCUGCCCUGAUAUAUCUUCUAUGCCCAUAGCUGGUGCUCCACACAGAGGGGACAAUGACGGCCUCCAGUGUCCUCCUGCACACUGGACAGAAGAUGCCUCUGAUUGGUCUGGGGACAUGGAAGAGUGAGCCUGGUCAGGUGAAAGCAGCUAUUAAAUAUGCCCUUAGCGUAGGCUACCGCCACAUUGACUGUGCUUCUGUAUAUGGCAAUGAAACUGAGAUUGGAGAGGCCCUGAAGGAGAGUGUGGGAGCAGGCAAGGCAGUACCUCGAGAGGAGCUGUUUGUGACCUCCAAGCUGUGGAAUACUAAGCACCACCCUGAGGAUGUAGAACCUGCUGUCCGGAAGACGCUGGCUGAUCUGCAGCUGGAGUAUUUGGACCUCUAUUUGAUGCAUUGGCCUUAUGCCUUCGAGCGGGGAGACAAUCCCUUUCCCAAGAAUGCCGAUGGAACUGUCAAAUAUGACUCCACUCACUAUAAGGAGACCUGGAAGGCUCUGGAGGCACUGGUGGCAAAGGGGCUGGUGAAAGCCUUGGGCUUGUCCAACUUCAGCAGUCGGCAGAUAGAUGAUGUCCUCAGUGUGGCCUCGGUGCGCCCAGCUGUCUUGCAGGUGGAAUGCCAUCCAUACCUGGCUCAAAAUGAGCUCAUUGCCCACUGUCAAGCACGAGGCUUGGAGGUGACAGCUUACAGCCCCUUGGGUUCAUCGGAUCGUGCUUGGCGCCACCCUGAUGAGCCAGUCCUGCUUGAGGAACCAGUUGUCUUGGCACUAGCUGAAAAACAUGGCCGAUCUCCAGCUCAGAUCUUGCUCAGAUGGCAGGUUCAGCGGAAAGUAAUCUGCAUCCCCAAAAGCAUCACUCCUUCCCGCAUCCUUCAGAACAUUCAGGUAUUUGAUUUCACCUUUAGUCCAGAGGAGAUGAAGCAAUUAGAUGCUCUGAACAAAAAUUGGCGGUAUAUUGUGCCCAUGAUUACGGUGGAUGGGAAGAGAGUCCCCAGAGAUGCUGGACACCCUCUGUAUCCCUUUAAUGACCCAUACUGAGGCCCGUAGUUUCUCAGCUUCCCUUUCAGUUCUCCUGCUAAGCAUUGCCUGCUACUCCCAAGAAAGAAGGACUCAAUAAAGCCAUUGAAGUGUA